AUGCCUGCGGUAACCAGACCCGUUCUCCCUCCUCUUCAAACUCCCAAGACCGCCUCGUUCCCCUCCGAAAUCGUCGAUACUCCCGUUUCAGCAGUAAUCAAGCAGGAGAAUGCCGUAGCGGGCACCCCCAUUACACCUCCAGUGGCCUAUACCGAGUUCCUCAAGGCCUUGACUCCGGUCCUGGCAAGUCCUCCUGCGACGGGCGUCCUCCAAAGGUCUAUGUCGGAUGAAUCGACCUGUACAAGAUACUCUACGAUUUCCAAUGCCUCUACAUCUUCCAGCUUGUCUUCAAGCCGAAGCGAAAGCCACAAAUCUCCCUCCAGCUCCGUCCCGCCCACUCCAUAUACUCGCAAAACUCCCACGGCUUUGAGGCGACUUCGAAUACCUCACUCUCCAGCCUUUUCGCCCACCACAUGCGGCCCCUCGCCGCGGACUACCGUGAGCGGGAUGAGCACUGGUGGCAUCUACUCUCCAUUUUCCCCUGCCGACUGGAACAUUGACAGUGCCUCUCGUCGUUAUUUUGACCCACCGAGAAGCGCUUGUCCUAAGCCGGUCAGUGUUCGAUCCGUGGUGAAAAGAACGGUCACGUACAAACGGUCACCUCUUUUGGACCCUGCUCCAAAGGGCAAGAAACGCAAGGUUGAUGCCUCCGAAAUGCCUCCACCCAGCACGAAUGACACUGGUGUCAUUUCAGUGACUAAUUUCCCUUCCACAUUGGUGGACUCUUCCUCGACGAUCGCGAGCCCACCUUCUGCAUUGGCCACCACUCCUCCAGCAGCAGUCACAUCUACCCCCACGCCUGUUGCGUGA